AUGAUGGAAAAUCCCUACUGUUGCUCGUUGGAGUUGGACGAACUUGGAGCCGAUGAUGCGAUUAUUGAUUAUUCGGUUUUUAGCGACGACUCUUUUCUACUCAUUUUGCUACUUACCUCGAAGGGUGAGGCUUUUUUUCGUGGUGGGACCUUGGAAAUAUGCAUUUUUGGGUCUUGAAGCGAUUUUUGAAGCUGUGAGCCUUUAAAGUUGAUGGCUAUGGGUCUUGGAGCGCUUGUAAGCUUAAUUUUUGCUUCAAGAUCCACUCUGCGCCUUUAAACUUGGGAAAAUUGAUGAUUUUUGGGUCUUGAAGCGAUCUAGAUGCUUUAUAGCUGGAUUUUUCGCUUCAAGACCCAAUAUGCGCCUUCAAACUUGAGAAAAUUGAUGAUUUUGAGUCUUGAAGCGAUCUAGAUGCUUUAUAGCUGGAUUUUUCGCUCCAGGACCCAACAUGCGCCUUUAAACACAGAUAUUUGAUGAUUUUUGGGUCUUGAAACGAUCUGGAUGUUCCUUUAAAGCUUGUAAGCUUUCUUAUUCGCUUCAAGACCCAGGAUGCACCUUUAAACUUGACAAAAUUGAAGAUUUUGGGUCUUGGAACGAUUCUUGAAGCUUUGCACCUUUAAAAUAUAAAUUUUCCGGACUUGAAGCCAUAAUGGAGAUGAAAACUUCUAUGCACCUUUAAAAAUUGCUCCAAAACAUGAUUUUUGGGUUUUGAAACGAUCUGGAUGUUCCUUCAAACCUCUAAAUAUCAGGAUUUCGCUUCAACACUCAAUAUGUGCCUUUAAACACGGAUAUUUGAUGAUUUUUGGGUCUUGAAGCGAUCUGGAUGUACCUUUAAAGCUUGUAAUUGUUCUUUUUCGCUCCAAGACCCAGAAUGCGCCUUUAAGCGUCAGAAAUUCGAUGAUUUUUGAGUCUUGAAGCGAUUUUUCCAUCCAUGACCCUUUAAAUUGUGAAAUUUGGGUCUUGAAGCGAUCUAGAUGCUUCAUAGCUGGAUUUUUCGCUUCAAGACCCAAAAUCAUCCCCUUUUCCGAUUUUUAAAGGAACAUAAGGUUGUUUAGCUCUUGAAGAACCUCAAAAAACCAGAUUUUCAGAGUUUAAAGGGACAUUCCGGGUCCUGUAGCGAAAAAUUGAGCUUGGGAGCUUUAAAGGAACAUCUGGAUCGUUUCAGGACCCAAAAAACUUGAUUUUUUGAGAAAAAGGAGGGUUUUUGGUUGGAUGUUUCGCUGCAAGACCCAAAAAUCAUCGAUUUUCCGAGUUUUUUGGGUCCCCGAACGAAAAAACCAUCUAUGUACCUUUAAAUUCCCUGAAAAUCCACUAUUUUGGUCUCAAAGCGAAAGAUCUCAUGUUCCUUUAAAAAAUUUCUCUAUUUUUUUCCAGGCGAGACGCAAGCCUACCUCGAAACCGGCAAAGACACCAAACCCCGGAAAAAUGUUGUUGACAUCCGAAGUUCUUGCGGAAUUUCGGCUGCGCCUUUAACAAUUUGCAUCGGAAGUCAAGCGGCUUAUGUUGUUUUUGGUCUGGCUGAUGGAAAUUUGCUGGUGACACCGAUUAAGACGAUUAUUGUGAGAUUUUGACCUAGAAAUCAUGAAAAAUGAGCUCAAAAUAGCAAAUGCGCUCUAUUGUACAACCCCCAAUUUGUCGAAAUAUUCAAAAAAUCAUUUUUUCACCUAGAAGUGAUGAAAAAUGAUGGUUUUUGACCCAGAAAACGUGAUUUUUGGAUAAAAAUAGCAAAUGCGCUCUAUUGCACAACCCCCGAAUCCAUGAAAAAUUCGAAAAUAUAUUUUUUCACCUAUAAAUAGUGAAAAAUGAGGGUUUUUGACCCAAAAAACGUGAUUUUUGAAUAAAAAUAGCAAACGCGCUCCACUGAACAACCCCCAAAUCGAUGAAAAAUUCAAAAAAUCAAUUUUUUCACGUUGAAAUGGUGAAAAAUGAGGGUUUUUGGAUCAAAAUAGCAAACCCGCUCUAUUGCACAACCCCCAAAUCCAUGAAAAAUUCAAAAAAUCUUUUUUUCCAACCAGAAAUGGUGAAAAAUGAGGGUUUUUGACCCAGAAAACUCGAAAUUUCGUCAUAUUUCAAUUAAAAUAGCAAACGCGCUCCACUGCACACCCCCCAAAUCAAUGAAAAAUUCAAAAUAUCAAUUUUUUUCACAGGAUGUCACCUGGGGCGGUUCUUCUUGGUCAACAACAAAUGUGAUUGAUUUGAGCUUGGAAUCAGUGGAUAUUUGUCUCGCCACACCAACUUGCACCAAAUGUUUUACCUCGAAUUUUCCGCCAAGAAGUAUGGCUGUGGUGGCGAAUAAGGUUGGGGUUUUUGGGGUGGAAAAUUGGGAAAAUUUGGCUUUUUUGGUCCUAGAAAUGAAUUUUGGUGGAAAAUUUGAAUUUUUGAGUUUUUGAAAAAUUCACUGUUUCAAAAUUUUUUGAAAAAUGUUGUCUUGAUUUUUUUCUCAAUGGUUCCUCAAUAUCACAUUUUGAUGCCAAAAAUUUGAAUUUUGAACUCACAAAAAAUUUCACUGUUUCAAAAUAUUUUGAUUAAAAUUUUGUCUUGAUGUUUUUUCAAUGGAUUCAGUUCCUCAAUAUCAAUUAAAAAAAAUUUCAAAACAAUUUUUAAAUUUGAAAGUUUAAAAAUUUUAGCCCUAAAAAUUUGAAUUUUGGAUUUUCUGAAAAAUUCACUGUUUCAAAAAUUUCACAAAUUCAAUACUUUAUUCCAAAUUUUAAUGGAUCUUUCCCAUCGUUAGGAUAAUAAAAAAAAAAUUACCCAGAUUUUGAAAAUUCGAGUUUUUCGCACUAAAAAAAUAUCCCUACAAGCAUACUGUAGGAUUUUUGGCCCUAAAAAUUUGAAUUUUGGAUUUUCUAAAAAAAAAUUCACUGUUUCAAAAUUUUGUGAAAAAUGUUUUCUUGGUUUUUUUUCAAGUAUAAUAGGAAAAAAUCCCAAAAUUUUAAUUUUUAAAUUUGAAAAUUCAAAAAUUUUAGCGCUAAAAAUUUGAAUUUUGGAUUUUCUGAAAAAUUCACUGUUUCAGAAAUUUCAAAAAUUGAAAAAUUUUAUUCCAAAUUUUAAUGGAUCUUACCCAUCGUCAGGAUAAUAAAAAAAAUUACGCAGAUUUUGAAAAUUCGAGUUUUUGGCACUAAAAAAUAUCCCUACAGGAAUACUGUAGGACCUUUGAGAGAAAUAUUUUAAUUUUAGAUUUUCUGAAAAAUUUCACUGUUUCAAAAUUUGGUGAAAAAUGUUGUCUGGAUUUUUUUUCAAUGGUUUUUCAAUAUCAAUAUGAAAAGUUUCAAAACAAUUUUUAAAUUUGAAAAUUCAAAAAUUUUAGCGCUACAGUAUCCUUACAAGAAUACUGUAGGAUUUUUAGCGCUAAAAAUUUGAAUUUUGGAUUUUCUGAAAAUUUCACUGUUUCAAAAUUUUUAAUUAAUUUCUGACUGGAUUUUUUUCAAUGGUUAUUCAAAAUCAAUUCAAAAAAUUUCUAAACAAUUUUUAAAUUUGAAAAUUCAAAAAUUUUAGCGCUACAAUAUCCCUACAGGAGUACUGUAGGAUUUUUGAGCAAAAUAUUUAAAUUUUUUCUAAAAAAAAAUUCACUGUUUCAAAAUUUUUAAUUAAUUUCUGUCUGGUUUUUUAAAAUCAAUUUUGAACUGAUAUUUUUUCAAAUCACGUUUUCCUGUCCCCAAAAAUGUGCACUUUUUUCUGCCGAAAAUCCUCUUUUCUGAUUUGACCUCAACAAUUGCUCAUAUCAAAAGAGAAUAACAAAACACAAACACAAACAUUAUGAUGAGUUUUAACAGCUUUUUCCUCAAUGAGAAAAAAUCAGGGAUAUUUGGAAGAAAAAAGGGUGAUUUAUCAAUCUCUUGCUAAAUUUUUUCUUAUUUUUUAUUGCCUCACAUUUUUUUGUGUGUUUCGUAAUGUGAUAAGAAUGAGAGAAAAUGGGGGGUUUCUGGGGGGAAAAUGUGCCCUGAAAUUGCAGAUUUUUAGUCUACGCCCACUUUUUUCAAUGGAAUUUAGAAAAAUGCAAGCCUGGCACAGUUUUUUUUUUGAAAAUUGGAAUUUUUACAAGAAAUAUCGAAUCAAUCGAUAUUUAGAAUAGUGUUUAUUUAUUAUGACAUUUUUGAAACAGUGAAUUUUUUUCUUUUUUUUUCUUAACAAAAAAUUUGAAACAGUGAAAAUUUAGCCAAAAAUGAUUGAAAAAUCUUCGAGAACAAUGAAAAAUUUGAAUUUUCAUUAAAAAUUAAUGAUAACAUUUCAAAAAUCACUGAUUUCAGCCACAAAUCUCACAAAAUUGCAGAUUUUGGCUGACUAGAAAUUUAUGAAACAGUGAAUUUUUUGUAAUGAAAAAUUUGAAUUUCAGCACAAAUUUUCAAUGAAUGACUUAUUUUCAAUAAGAAUGUUCACUUUCUUAAUUUAUUAAGAAAUUUUUGAAACAGUGAAUUUUUGAAAAAUUCCAAAAAUUCUGAAAAUAAAUCAGAAUUUAUUGAUUUUUAAUCAAAAAUCACCAAGAAGUCUCUAUUUUUCUCUGAAAUUUUCCGAUUUUCAGCCAAAAAUUUUCCCAAUUUUCAGCUGAAAGUUAUUUGAAUAUAUUCUUAAAGUUCAUUAAUCUAGAACCGAAUUUUCUUCAAUUAUUACUGAAAUUUUUAAUAGUCAUUUAUUAUGAAAUUUUUGAAACAGUGAAUUUUUUUGUAAUGAAAAAUUUGAAAAUUCUGAAUUUAAGCACAAAUUUUCAAUGAAUGACUUAUUUUCAAUAAAAAUGUUCACUUUCUUAAGUUAUUAUGAAAUUUAUGAAACAGUGAAUUUUUGAAAAAUACAAAAAUUCCUAAAAUUCUGAAAAUCAAUCAGAGUUUCCAGAUUUUCAGCCAAAAAAUCCUUCCAAUUUUUGCAGGCUGGAAAUAUUCUCCUUGUCGAUCUUCAACUUCGAAAAUGUGUCUCCGAGCUCAAAGCUCCACAAAGCCUCCAUGAAAUUGAAAUUCUUCUCGAUGAAAAUUCCAUCGAACUAUUGGUCACCGGAUUUACGGGUGCACAAUGGAUUAUUCCGAUUGAGAGAAAUGGAAGAGGAUUUCGAGAGGUUCUGACGACUUGUGUACCGGCGGAUUUGCAAGUUGUGAGUGAUUUUUUGAGCUAAAAAUUGUGAAAAUUGGUUGAAAAUGAGCUGAAAUUCAUGAAAAUUGGAUAAUUUUGACCUGAAAAUUUGAAAUUUUCAUCCCAAAAUUCUAUUUUUCUUCAGAUUCUGAAUCUACCAGAAUUAUUUUAUUUUCAAAAGGUAAUCGCUUAGCUUUGCUUAUUGUGUAAAUCUAGUCUAUUUUUUGCGCCAAAAUUUGCCACGUGGCAUUUUCCCUCCCCCAAAACCCCCAUUUUUUCAGCUCGAACCGGCCACAAUGCAAUUUUUCGCAUCUGAAGCUUGUGGAGUUGUUGCGUUGGAUACGCAAGAAUCUUGCGUUGGAAUUUAUUCCACGUUUAAUGCGUUGGCGAAUUCGUCGAAGAGGAUUUAUAAGGUGGGCUGAAAAUCCAGGGUUUCUAGAUGAAUUUGAGCAUUUUUACCAUCAUUUUUGACUAGGAAAAAUUCACUGUUUCAGGAAUUUUAUAAGAAAAAUUGAGGAGAUUAGAAAAUCGAUUUUUUUUGGGUUUAGUGUUUCAAAAAAUUUUGAUUUACAGUGAAAAUUAAAGCUUUGAAGCUAUAGAAAUUUCCAGAAAAAUGGCUGAAAAUCCUGAUUUUCUAGCUUAUUUUGUGCAUUUUUUUUCCAAUUUUUUGAACUAGAAAAAUUCCCUGUUUCAGGAAUUUUAGCAGAGAAAUUAGUGAAAUUAAAAAAUCGGUUUUUGUAUUUCAAAAAAAAUCAAGUUACAGUGAAAAUGUAAGCUUUGGAGCUCUAUAAAUUUCCAGAAAAAUGGCUGAAAAUCUAGGGUUUCUAGAUGAAUUUGAGCAUUUUUACCAUGAUUUUUGACUAGGAAAAUUUCACUGUUUCAGCUAUUUUAUGAGAAAAGUUGAGAAGUUUUAGAAAUGUUUCAUUUUGAGCUAUAGGUGUUUCCAGAAGAAUGGCUGAAAAUCCUAAUUUUCUAGCUAAAUUGGAGUAUUUUCACCAUAAUUUUUUGAACUAGAAAAAUUUGACUGUUUCAGAAAUUUUAUUAGAAAAAUUGAGGAAAUUUGAUAAUUGAUAUUUUUUUUGGUUUUAUGUACUAUUUCAAAAAAAAAUUUUUGAGUUACAGUGAAAAUUUAAGUUUUGGAGCUCUAUAAAUUUCCAGAAAAAUGGCUGAAAUUUCAAGUUUUCUAGCUGAAUUUGAGCAUUUUCAUCCAUUUUUUUUUGUCUGGGAAAAUUUCACUGUUUCAGAAAUUUCAUAAUAGAAAUUGAGAAAUUUGUAAAAUGUUGAAUCAACUCUUCUUGAUUUCAAUAAAAAUUAGUUUUUAAUUUGGCUGGAGGUGUUUCAGUUUAGGUGUUUCAGUUUAUUUUUUACUGAAAGUUCCAGAAAAAUGGCUGAAAAUUCAAGUUUUCUAGCUUAAUUUGAGCAUUUUUACCCAAUUUUUUGAACUAGAAAAAUUCACUGUUUCAAGAAUUUUAGGAGAGAAAUUGAGGAAAUUUGAAAUUGAUUGUAGAUGUGGAUACGCUUUAAAAAACUACUGAACUUUUGACUGGAAAUUGGCUGAAAAUCCGUUUUUCUAACUGGAUUUGAGCAUUUUUAUCCAAUUUUUUGAACUAGAAAAAUUCACUGUUUCAGGAGUUUUAGGAGAAAAAUUGAGGAGUUUUGAAAAUCGAUUGUUUUUGGUUUUAAUGUUUCAAAAAAAUUUGAAUUACAGUGAAAAUGUAAGCUUUGGAGCUGUAGAAAUUUCCAGAAAAAAGGCCGAAAUUUCAAGUUUCCUAACUAGAAUUAAGAAUUUUUAUCCAAUUUUUUAGUCUGAGAAAAAUUCACUGUUUCAAAAAUUUUAUAAGAAAAAUUGAGGAAAUUGAGAAAUCGGUUUUUGUAUUUCAAAAAAAAUUCCGAGUUACAGUGAAAAUGUAUGCUUUGGAGCUCUAUAAAUUUUCAAAAAAUGGCUGAAAAUCCAGGUUUUCUAGAGGAAUUUGAGCAUUUUUACCAUGAUUUUUGACUAGGAAAAAUUCACUGUUUCAGAAAUUUUAUAAUAGAAGUUGAGGAAAUUUGAAUUUGAUUGUAGAUGUGGAUCCGCUAUAAAAAACUACUGAACUUUUGACUGGAAAUUGGCUGAAAAUCAGUUUUUCUAAUUGGAUUUGAGCAUUUUUAUCCAAUUUUUUGAACUAGAAAAAUUUCACUGUUUCAGAAAUUUUAUAACCAAUUUGAAAAUUUUGGAAAAUGUUUACAACAACAUUCUUUAAUUUCAAUGAACAUAAGUUUUGAACUGGGCAAAUUUGGCUGGAUUCCAGAUUGUUUCAGUUUAUUUUUUACUGAAAAUUCUAGAAAAAUGGCUGAAAAUCCAGGUUUUCUAGAUGAAUUUGAGCAUUUUUACAUAAUUUUUUGAACUAGAAAAAUUCACUGUUUCAGAAAUUUUAUUAGAGGAAUCGAGGAAAUUUGAAAACCGAUUUUUUUGGUGUUUUUUCAUUUCAAAAAGUUUAUACAGUGAAAAUGUUGGAGUUCUAUGAAUUUCCAGAAAAAUGACUGAAAAUUCAGGUUUUCUAGAUGAAUUUGAGCAUUUUCAUCCAUUUUUUUGUCUGGGAAAAUUCACUGUUUCAGAAAUUGUUUGAGAAAAAUUGAGAAGUUUUGAAAAUCGAUUUUUUUGGGUUUUUUAUUUUUCAAAAAAUUUCAAGUUGCAGUGAAAAUUUAAGCUUUGAAGCUCUAUAAAUUUUCAGAAAAUGGCUGAAAAUCCGUUUUUCUAACUUGAUUUGUGCAUUUUCAUCCAAUUUUUUGCCUAUUAAAAAUUCACUGUUUCAAAAAUUUUAUAUUGGAAAAUUUGAGAAACUUUGACGAUUUAGUAAUACUAUUCGAAAAAUUUAAAAAAUCUAGAUUUUCCCUGCGAAAAAAAUCCCUGUUUUAAAAAUUCUAGCAUAAUUUUUCCUCAUAUAUAUUUUUUGUUAGGUCCCACCAGAAACUUGGAUGGUCCACUCAUCAGACAAUGUUUUGUUCACAGUUUCGGCAAAUAAUGAAAUUCGAAGUGCCGUGCAUUUUGGAGUGAGUUUUUGGAGCUGAAAUUGACUGAAAAUCAUGAAUUUUGACCCAAAAUUCACCAUUUUUCACCGAAAACCUGAUUUUUUCCAGCUAAACUCAGUGCGCCUUGAAUAUUCUUUGAUCCGAACUUCUACUGAAUGGCGACCUUUGGGUCUUGUAGCGAUGGCACCGAAAACUGGAAUUUUGGCGGGAAUUUUUGUGAUUAAUGAACGAGGAUUGGUUCGUGUUGAACAAUCGAGAAAUUUGUGAGUUUUUUGGGCGCGAAAUUUGAAAAAAUCAUAAAUUUUUGAAUUCUCCUGGGAAUUUUCGAAAUUUUCAUGUUUUUUUUGUUGGGGAAAAAAUGCGCCGAAAAAUGUACGUUUCAAAAAUUUUUGAUUUUUUAAAAAUAAAUUUUAAAUUUAAAUUUUGGUGCCAAAAACAUGCAAAAAUGCUCACUUUUUUGCUCCGAAUGAAAAAUGAUAUUUUUCUGUUUAUUUUCCCAUCCCUAAAACAUAUUUUAGUCCACUUUUUCACCAUAUGCUCAUUUUUGAGCAGAUUAGAGCAUUUUUAUUUUGGUUUUGAAAAAACAAUUUUUUUUCUCUUUUUUACGAGCAGAAUCAAUUAUUCAUUCAUUUUUAGUUUUUUCGGAAUUUUUAUUUUAAAAAAAUCUAGUGGAAAAAAUUCACUGUUUCAAAAUUUUGUUAUGAAAAUUUUUGGAUUUGAGAAUUUUUGAUGGAUAUUUAAUGAAACGAGGAAAAUUCUGAAAUUUGAUUUUUUUGGCUGAAAAUUCUAGCCAAAUUCAUUUUUGAUAGUCAAAAAAAAUUCACUGUUUCAAGAAUUUUUUAUUGAAAAAAUAGGAUUUUGUUUUAUUGUUAGGCAACAUGCGGAAAUUUCACUGUUUCAAAAUUUGGUUAUGAAAUUUUUUGGAUUUGAGAAUUUUUGAUGGGUUAAUAACUGCGAAAAAAAUUCAUAAUGAAAUUUUUGAAAUUUGAUUUUCUGGCUGAAAAUUAUAGUCAAAUAAGUCCAAAUUUAUGUUUGAAUAGUCAAAAAAAAUUCACUGUUUCAAAAUUUUGUUAUAAAAAUUUGGAUUUGGGAAUUUUUGAUGGGUCUUCAUUCGACUAUCAAUAAAACUGCGAAAAAAAUUAUGAUGAAAUUUCUGAAACUUGGAUUUUUGGCUGAAAAUUGUGCACAAACUAUUCCUGAAAAUUCACUGUUUCAAUAAUUUUUUAUUAAAAAAGUUGGAGUUCAUUUUAUUGUUAUGGGCCUAUGCAGAAUAAUAUUUUGUAAUAAAAAAACAUUAAAAAACAUUUUUUUCCUAUGCAGAAAAACGUCGAAAAAAUAAAAUAAAGACAACGUGAAAUUGAGAGAGCGCAGACAUGAAAUGGGUUUUUUGUCUGCACUCUCUCAAUUUCACGUUGUCUCUACUCAAAAUAAUAAACUGUAUAUUUUGUUUUUUCGACGUUUUUCUGCAUAGGAAAAAAAUGUUUUUUUAUUACAAAAUAUUAUUCUGCAUAGGCCCAUUAGGAACCUGCAUUAGGAAGUUUCACUGUUUCAAAAUUUUGUUAUGAAAAUUUUUGAUUGGAGAAUUUUUGAUCGGGACAUGGUUACUUGAAGAUUUCUGAAAUUUGGCUGGAAAUUAUAGCCAAAUUUAUUUUUGAAUAGUCAAAAAAAAUUCACUGUUCCAAAUUUUUUAUUUACAAUUAAAAAAUUGGAUUUCAUUUUAUCGAUAGUCAACUACAUGAGAAAAAUUCACUGUUUCAAAAUUUAUUUAUGAAAAUUUUUGGAUUUGAGAAUUUUUGAUGGGUUAAUAACUGUGAAAAAAAAUUUAUGAUGAAAUUUCUGAAACUUGAAUUUUUGGCUGAAAAUUGUGCAUUAAUUGUUCCUAAAAAAUUAACUGUUUCAAACAUUUUUCAUUGAAAAAGUUGGAGUUCAUUUUAUUGUUAGGAACCUGCAUUAGGAAAUUUCACUGUUUCAAAAUUUUGUUAUGAAAAUUUUUGGAUUUGAUAAUUUUUGAUGUAGUUUUUGCAAUUAUGAGGUUAAUAAAACUGCGAAAAAUAUUUAUGAUGAAAUUUCUGAAAUUUGAUUUUUCUUGGCUGAAAAUUCUAGCCAAAUUUAUUUUUGAUUAGUCUAAAAAAUUUACUGUUUCAAAAAUUUUUUAUUGAAAAAGUUGGAUUUGAGAAUUUUUGAUGGGUCUUCGUCUGUCUGCGAAAAAAUAUUUAUGAUGAAAUUUCUGAAAUUUGAUUUUUUUGGCUGAAAAUUGUACAUAAUUUAUACCGAAAAAUUCACUGUUUCAAAAAUUUCAUAAUUCAUUUUUUCAAUUUGGUUAUAAUUUUCCUACCAUAUCAUUGAGAAUUUUUACUUUUUUUAGAUGAAAACAUUUUGAAACAGGGAAUUUUCUAGGAUCAAAAAUUUUGCAAUUUUAUGAAAAUUCUGAAACUUGAUCUUUUGGCUGAAAAUUGUACAUAAUUUAUACCGAAAAAUUCACUGUUUCAAAAAUUUCAUAAUUUAUUUUUUGAAAAUUGUUUGUUAUUCCAUUUAACUUCAAAUUGAAAUCACUGUUUCAAAAUUUUUUUGAAUAUAAUUUUUGAGAAUUUCAAGUUGGUGAAUUAAACAGAAAUACUGAAAAGGAGAUUUUUUUUUUGGUUGUAAUUGGGUUAAAAUUGGUUAUAAUUUUCUAAGAAUCACAUUUUUAAAUAAAAUUGGUUGAAACAGUGAAUUUUUGGCUGAAAAAUGAAAAUUUCCUAGUUAUUCGUCAAUUUUGUAAUUAAAAAAAAUUCACUGUUUCAAAAAUUUUUUUCCCAAAUUUUCUGAAAAAUCCAAGUUUUUUGAUCAUUUACUCAUCAAAGUUAUUUUCUUCUGAGCAAAAAAUGUUCAGAUUUGUGAUAUUUGAGACUUUCAUUCUUGUCUACUUUCUUUUUCUUCUUAUAUUAUUUCUUUCUCUUUUUUCUACCACAAACAGCUGUUGUUAUAAAAAUUGGAAAGAAAGAAAUGAGAAGAAAAUGAGGAAGAUUUUUAUUUUAUUUUAUUUUUUUUUGGUUCAUUUUUUUUAGUUUGUUCAAAGUUAAUCAGAUUUAACAUGAAAUUUAAAAAUUUCGAAAAAUUUUGAAACUGUGGAUUUUUUUGUUUGAAAAUUAGCUGAAAUUUCGAUAUUUUUGAGAAUUUUCAUGGGAAAGUUCGAAUUUUUCACAGCAUUUUGAAUUUUCAAAAGAAAUAUUUGGGAUUUUUUUGAAACAGUAAAUUUUUUAGAAAUUAUUUUCAAGUUGAAGUUUAGCUGCUUUUUAAAAUGUAUUGGUUAUCAGUCCAAUUUUUAACCAGAAAAAAUCAUAGAAAUUUUGAAACAGUGGAUUUGUUUGGAAAUUAAUUUUGUUAAAUUUUGAGCUGGAAUUUUUUUGAACUGAAAAUUAGCCGAAAUUUCGAUAUUUUUGAAUUUUAGAGCAAAAUUUGGGAAUUUUUUGAGAUUAACUAAACGUUUCUAUCAAAAUUAAAAUUAUUAACAAUUUAUUUGUGAAAAUUUUGAAACAGUGGAUUUUUCUGGUGAAAAUUAAUUUUGCUCAAUUUUGAGCUGGACUUUUUUUGAACUGAAAAUUAGCUGAAAUUUUGAUAUUUUUGAAUUGUUCACAGUAUUUUGAAUUUCAGAGCAAAAUUUGGGAAUUUUCCAGUUUGUAUUGACCCGUUUCUAUCAAAUUCAAGUUUUCACUAGAAAUAAUUGGGAAUUUUUUGAAACAGUGAAUUUUUUUGAAAUUAUUUUCAAGUUGAAGUUUAGCGUUGAAAAAGUUAUCAGUCCAAUUUUCAACCAGAAAAACUCAUAGAAAUUUUGAAACAGUGAUUUUUUCUGGUGAAAUUUUUGAUUUUCCCAUGAUUUUUCUUCUUCCUCCACUGUAAAGUCAUAAAAAUUGCACAUCUAUCAAAAAAAUCUCGUGAUUUUUUGAUUUUUUCCCCUGUUUCUCAUCUAAUUUUCGCUAAAUUGAUUAGAAUGUUCCUUUUCCUUCUCAAAAAAAUUGCAGAAAAAACAACAAGUUUUGUUGUUAUUUUCUGAUAUGUUUUUUGAGCACAAAAGAGCCUGAAGCAGCUGCUUGAACAAUGUUUUUUAUUAUUUUUUUAUAUAGAUUGAGAGAUGGGUGUUUUUUGGCUGAAAAUUUGGGAUUUUUGAGCGUUUUUUGGCUGAAAAUCUGAAAAUUUGGGUCUCAAAUUCACCCCAAGAAUUUCAUCCCAAAUUUCGUAUUAUUUUACCUGAAAAAUUGAUUUUUUGGAAUUUUCAGAACGAAUUUUAUUAAAAUUGUCAAAUAAAAAAUUUCACUGUUUCAAAAUUUAUUGAAUUUUCUGGAAUAAAAUGGAAGUUUCAGUAUAAUAGCGAGUUUCCUUUUGAAAAUUCAUACAAAAUUAAUUUUUGAUUUUGAAAAAUUCAAAAAAUUUUCAAAUUUUUUGUAUUUGUUGAAACUCUGAUUUCUAGACGGCUAAAUUUAAAAAUUUCUGAAAUUUUUAAGAUUUUGAGGCAGAAACGCGAAUUUUUGGAAUGAUUUUUGUGGAUUUGCUGAAUUUUUGAAUCCAGAAAAAUUCAAUGUUUCAAAAAAUUUUCAAUUUUUUUGUACUUGUCAAAAUUCUGAUAGGCAGCUAUAAGGUGAACAAUUUUAAGAACUUCAAUCAGUUUUCGAAAAAUUUCUGAAAUUUUCAAGAUUUUGAGCCAGAAUCGCGAAUUUUUGGAAUGAUUUUUGAGGAUUUGCUGAAUUUUUGAAUCCAGAAAAAUUCACUGUUUCAAAAAAAUUUCAAAUGUUUUUUGUCGAACAUUUUUUUGUUGAUUAUUCCGUGUGCGAAUUUCGAAAAACCAAAAAUUCUGAAAUUUCGUCUCGAAUUAUCAGAAUUUUUGCCAAAUUCUGAAAAUUUUGAGCUAGGAAAGUUGAAGUUAAUACAAAACGAAUUUUUUACAUUGUAAAAAAUUCACUGUUUCAAAUUUUUGUUUUGAAAAAAAUUAGGGGUCAAUUCGAAUUGUCAGUAAAAUUUGAAAAUUUUGAAUUUUGGGUCCAUUUUCACACAAAAAUUCCGAAUUUUUCAGAACCCUUGCUCGAAUUGCAUCCGAAUUCAUUUUCCGCCUUCAAACCAUCCAAAUUUCGCCAAAAACGUUUGGCGAAAUUGCAAAUGCCAUCAGCAUCGAUUUGGCACAACUCCAAUCGCAAAUAAUUCCCGAAAUUUUGGCGGCUCGCCAAAAAACACGUGGAAAAUUGAGUCAGAAAGAGUUGGCACAGGUGUUGUUGAUUGCAAAAGUGACUAAUGUGAGUUGGGGGGGGGAUUUUGGGGAGCAUUUUUUGAGCCCGGAAAAUUCUGAAAAUCAAACAAAAUCUGAAAUUGAAGCCGGAAAUUUUGUUUUUGAAUUUGUUAAACUUGAAAACUAAAAAAAUUUGAAGUUGAAACACUUUUUUUGUUGUAAAAAAAUUAUUAUUAUAUGGUACAUAAAUAAAAUUGAACUCAAAUUAUCAAGGAAAAUUUUUGUGAAAAUUUUGAAACAGUAAAAAAUUGAAAAAUAAUUUUCAGUGGUACAGAUCGACUGACUAUUGAACCCAAUUUUUUUUUAACAUUUUUUUUUGAAUUUCAGAGCUGAAUAUUUAUAGUUUUGAAAACUCAAAAAUUUGAAAUUUUUUGGAACACAAAAUUAUGAAAAACAUUUUUUGUGCUUUAUGGUGAUUUUAUUUUCCGACACUGAUUCAUUCCCCAUUGAACCCAAUUUUUCAAGGAAAAAUUAUCUCAAAAUUUUGAAACAGUAAUAUUUUUUGAAGUGUUUUUUUAAUAAGUUAAUCUAGAGUUUUUGAUUUCUGAAUUUUAGUGCUGAAAAUUUGAAGUUUAAUUUUGAAAAUGUAUUUUUUAGCUCAGAAUUAUUGAAAUUCUAACUGAUUUAUUAAACUCAAUUUUCCAAGUAAAAAUUAUCUCAAAAUUUUGAAACAGUGAAAAUUUUUCAAACAUUUUUUUUUGAAUUUUGAGAGCUAAAUAUUUAUAGUUUUCGUCAUAUGAAAAUUUACUGUUUCAAAAUUUUCUCUAAAAAAUUAUAUAAGAAGAAGAAAAAUUAAGAUUUUUUUUCCAAGUAAAAAUUAUCUCGAAAAUUUGAAACAGUGAAAAUUUUUCAAACAUUUUUUUUUGAAAAUUGUUUUUUUUUUUUCUGAAAAUUUCGAGUUUUAUUUUGAAAUUCACAAUUUUUGGAAAACAAUUAUUUUUUCCAGCACAAUUUAUCGGAUCUUCUCAAAAUGUUUGCCAAUGAAUCGAUGGCUGAGCAUUUGUUACCAGAGGUUGGUUUUUUUCUGAAAAUUUUUGCUCAAAAAUUGCUCAUUUUAAGCCAAUUCACUCGAAUUUUUCAGGUGAUGAAUGCAAUUCAGACAAAUCCAUCAAAACACGAAAAUUUGAUGCAAAAAGUUGUGGAAAUGUUUGUGAAAAGAGCCCAAGGAUUUGGUGGAGAUUUGGAGAAGAUUCGAGAAUGUGAUUCGGAAUUGGCGUGAGUUUUUUGGACUGGAAACUUGAAUUUUUGCCUGGAAAAUUUAGGUUUCAAAGAAAUUUCUAUUGAAUUUUAUUAGUGGAAAAUUUGAUUUGAUAAAAGACCACAAAUAUUAACUGUUUAAAAAUUUUGACAUUUCCAGGAAAAAUUAGGUUUCAAAAAAUUGUCUUGAAAAAUUCACUGUUUCAAAAUUUGAUUAUUAAAUAGUUUUACCUAAAAAAAAAUUAGUCAUGGAAAAUAUUUCGGAAAAAAUCUCAGAAUUUUCACUGUUUCAAAGUUUUUUCAUCAAAAAAAUUGUUUUUGAAAAUUCCAAUGUUGUAGUCAAGUUUAGACUCGAAAAAUCUACUAAUUUUCUGAUCAACAAAUCAGCAUUGCAAAUAUUUCUGUGAAAAAUUGAUGAAAAUUUUCACUGUUUCAAAGUUUUCCCAUUAAAAAAAUUGUUUUUGAAAAUUUCAAUAGUUGAACUUUUUCGUGUUUCAAAAAUUUACUGUUUCAAAUUUCUGUUAUAAAUUUUUUGGCUGAAAGUUUUUUGGUGUUGAACAAAACAGCGAUUCAUUUACAAAAAAAUCCUAAAAAUUCACUGUUUCAAAAAAUUUUUAUCAAAAAUUUUCUAGGCUCACAAAAUUACUCUAAUUCGAUCAGGGAUGGGGAAAAUGUCAUGGCCUCAUGUUGUCCUGUCCUUGAAUAUGGCCUAAACUUGUCCUGGCUCGAACAUGGCUUGAACAUGUCCUAAAGCCAUAUGCCCAACCUGUCCUCGCGUGAACAAAAAUUAAUAGAGAAAUUUUUUUUUCUGCAUAAAAAAAAAUAAAAAUGCGAUCUCCUCUUUUUUCGACGUGUUUUUUCUCAACUAAAAAAAGAACCUGUCCAGGACAGGACAGGUAGCCAGGUUUACACGUGGACCUGUCAUGGUUUAUGUUCUUACCACCAAAGCCAACAUGAGGACAACGUGAGGCCAGUUUCCCCACCCCUGAAUUCGAUCAAUUUUUGCGGCAAAAUCUACUAAUUUUUCCACCAAAAGAUCCAGGGAUAAUUAUAUUUCAGUAAAAAAAUCGAUGAAAAAAUUUACUGUUUCAAAGUUUUCUUAUCGAAAAAAUAAUUUUUGAAAAAAUCAGUUUGUCUUGACAUUGUGUUUUUUGUACAUAAAAAUUCACUGUUUCAAAAAAAUUUUAUUAAAAAUGUUGUAGGCUCACAAAAUUAGUGCCAAAAACUUUUUUGACCAAAAGAUCCAGGAUUAAAUAAUAUUAUUUCAGUAGAAAAAUCGAUGAAAAAAUUUACUGUUUCAAAAAUGUUUCAUCAAAAAAUAAUUUUUGAAAGAAUUCAGUAAAGCCUUUUUUGUUUUAAAAAAAUUCACUGUUUCAAAAAAUAUUUAUCAAAAAAUAAUUUUUGAAGUAACUACUUCGAAAACAAUUUUAUUCCGAAAAAUUUCACAUUUUCAGAAAAUUCAUAUUAAAAAUUUACUGGCUUACAAAGUCAUUGGUAUGAUAAAAAUAUAAAAAUAUUUGGAAAAUGUUCAGCUCAAAAUUGCAAAUCAAUGUUUUCCACCAAAAUCCUGGGCUAAUUUUUUUUUUAAAUAUUCACUGUUUCAAAAUUCUCAAAUUUCCCUGCCUCACAAAAAUUAAUAUUAUAGUUUUUUACUGUUUUAAUAAUUUUUCAUCAAAGAAUAAUUUUUGAAAAAUUCAGUACUCCUUGACGUUUGUUUUGUACAUAAAAAAUUCACUGUUUCAAAAAAUAUGUAUCAAAAAUGUUCUAGGUACACAAAAUUAGUAUUAACUUCAUAUUUUUCUCACCAAAACAUCCAGGGAUAAUUAUAUUUCAGUAGAAAAAUCGAUGAAAAAAUUCACUGUUUCAAAAUUGUAUUAUCAAAAAUUUCCUGGCUCACAAAAUCACUUUUUUUUCCAGAAGUUUCCUAUCCCGCCACGAGUCGCUCACCCAAGGCGCCAUGGAUUGCACAAAAUCCUCACUCUGGAAAUCCACCCAAGUCCUCCUCCAACGCCUCCAAAAUGCCCAAAAUCCCAAAUCAACUCAAGAAACAUCGGCAAAUGUUCUCUCGUUUUUCGCCAAAAAUGGUUUGCAAAUUUGGAAAAGCGCCAACGCCACAGAUAAAUUGCAAAUAAUGUCAUUAAUUUGUAAUUUGGAUUGGUGCCAAGACAAAUUGUCGGAACAAGAUGGCACCAAAUUAUGUGCACUUUUGGCCGGAUUCCAAAGAGAUGUGAAAUUGGCUUCGUAUCAUGAAAUGUGCCUCAGAGUUGCGAUGAGAAAUUCGGGAUUUCUCCCGAAACCUUGUCAGAUUUUGGCGCUGGUUUCAUCGAUUUAUAUCUUGGCUGAAAAACGUGCGAUGAAUCCGGCGAAUUUGCCGGAUUUUUGGCCGAUUUCUGCGGGCAAUAAUUGUGCGGUUGCGAUUGCUGAAGAUGAUCGAUUGUUGGUUUGGGGCAAUUUUACGAAUCAACAACAGAAGGCGAUGGAUUUGACGGGUCGUGAGUUUUGAUUUUGGGCUGAAAUUCGAUGGAAAUGAGGGUUUUUGAGCUAAAAAUCGUGGAUUUUGGAGCAUUUUGACCUCAAAUUCAAGAAGUUUGAAUAUUUUUGAAGAAUUUUAGCCAAAAUUUAACCCUCAAAAAUUAACUGUUUCAAAAAUGUAAUAAUAUUUUUUCUCGUAUUUUUUGAAAUUAUUAGGGAGAUUUUUUGUAUCACCAAUUUUCAAAAAUGUAAUUUCGGCACCAAAUUUAGGGAUAUCGUAAUCCUAGGAACCUGAGAAUGUUAAAAAAAACUUAAUUUUUCAACAACAGAAAAAUGCACUGUUUCAAAAAUUUGACAGAUUAAAAAAUUCUGUAUUUGGAAGAUUUUGCUAUUGAAUUUUCACAAAUUUUUUCUGGAUUUCUUUUAAUGCCAAAAAUUUGAAUUACGGUCGUCCAUAUAAGCCAGAUAUAGAAAACUGAGAUUUUUUUAGUGAAAAAAACUUCACUGUUUCAAAAAUGUAUCACAAUUUUUGGGAUUUUGUCGUUCUUUGUACUUUUCGCAAUCAUUAGUACUUAUUAGUCUAUUUGCAUUUAAUUUUAUUAAAAUUUCAAAACAAUUUUUUAAGAAUCAAUAUUUGGCGCUAAAAAAAUUAAAACUAGCACAUAUUUUCAACAACAAAAAUUUUACGGUUUCAAAAAAUUUUGGUGAAAUGUUCCGAAAAAAUUCACUGUUUCAAAAAAUUUGUAAGUUUUUCUAGAGUUGUUUUUUCUUUGAUGAGUAGGAUGGACUCUAUUCGCACCAAAAUUCAAUCUUCGGUAAUCUUAGGAGCCAGAAAAAUUACUGAAAAAAUUACUGUUUCAAAAUUUUGUCAAGUUCGGGUGUUUGACAUUUAGUUUGAUCAACACUCAAAAUCAGAACUUUCAGGCUGAAAAUCAUAGCUACAGUAACCCUAGCCACCUGGAGAUGUUCACAAAAAUCUAGAACUUUCCGAAAAAAUUCACUGUUUCAAAAAUUUAUUUAAUUUUCUUGGUUUUCUGAAGGUUUUGCUAUAUGGUACUCGAUUUCGUAAUUUCAAAUCAAAGUUAAAAAACAAUUUCGACGCCAAAAUCAUAGCUACAGUAACCCUAGCCACCUGAAAAUUUUUGCAAAAACAUACAUAAAAUGGGUCCCCAAAUUCGGUGCGGGGGGCUUAACUUUUUCGAAAUUUUUUAAGGGAAGGGGGUCUAACUUUGAUGAAUUACAUAAUUUCUGUUUUUUCAGAGUCAAAGUCCAACUGGAAUUUUUUUUUGUAAUAUUUUUUAUUUGUAAAAAUAUAACAUUUUAUUAUUGCUUUCUAAAUAAUCUGCAACUCGAUCGGCGUUGGCAGAGUCUGGCCCAGAAGAACAAAUGUAUAUAAGUAUACAAGUAGCUUGUUCAAUUUUUUUUAGCAACGGAUUUGGAAACUCCAAAAAUCGCCUUCAUCAUUAAAAACCUUGAAAACACAGUUGGAACUGGACUGAAUUUGUCGAUCGAUUUUGAGUUUUUCUUUUUCUACCAACCUCCAUUUGCCACUCUUUCUACAAAAUUCAGCUCAAUGAAAUUCUAUUGUUUUGCUUCAAAAACUUCAAUGGAUUUUUUUUUGUUUUCUGAUUCUACAAAAGCCGAUUUUCUCAAUCUGUCACUGGAACUCGAAAUCUCGACGAAUUAUUCAAAAACUAAACAAAAAACAUCAAUUUUGUAAACAAAACUCAGGUAUGUUAUGACGGGAAAAAUAAGGGAAAAAUUUAAAAAUUUGAAAAAAAAUCAAAAAAAAAUUUUUUUUUCUUCAAAAUUUUUUCACCAAGAAUUUUUUGGAACUACUUGACCAAACAUGGUGAUAUUUGGUACAAAGAUACUUCAACUAUCCUAGAUCUAAGUUUAAUAGACAAUGUUCUCUGAUUUUGCACCUCCCGUCUUUUCACCACCCCUCUUUGUCAAAAAUCACGAUUUUUGGUCAAUUUCAUGCAUUUUCAGAUCCUAAUUCAAUUUUUACUUCACCAAUUCUAGUAAGACUUGGCACAAAGUAACUUCAACUAUUGUUCUUCAAAAUCGAAAUGAUACAUGGGUAGUAAAUUGCGUUUUCGGACACUUAGACACCCCGAACCUAAUCCGGUGCGUAUGGCCCCAAAAGAGGGGCGGGGUGUCUAAGUGUCCGAAAACGCAAUUUACUACCCAUGUAUCAUUUCGAUUUUGAAGAACAAUAGUUGAAGUUACUUUGUGCCAAGUCUUACUAGAAUUGGUGAAGUAAAAAUUGAAUUAGGAUCUGAAAAUGCAUGAAAUUGACCAAAAAUCGUGAUUUUUGACAAAGAGGGGGUGGUGAAAAGACGGGAGGUGCAAAAUCAGAGAACAUUGUCUAUUAAACUUAGAUCUAGGAUAGUUGAAGUAUCUUUGUACCAAAUAUCACCAUGUUUGGUCAAGUAGUUCCAAAAAAAUUCUUGGUGAAAAAAAAUUUUGAAGAAAAAAAAAUUUUUUUUUGAUUUUUUUUCAAAUUUUUAAAUUUUUCCCUUAUUUUUCCCGCCAUAACAUACCUGAGUUUUGUUUACAAAAUUGAUGUUUUUUUGUUUAGUUUUUGAAUAAUUCGUCGAGAUUUCGAGUUCCAGUGACAGAUUGAGAAAAUCGGCUUUUGUAGAAUCAGAAAACAAAAAAAUCAUCGAAGUUUUGGAAAAAAGUCACAGAUUUUUAAAGUUGAAGCCUGCAGUUUGUAAAACGUGGAAAGUCACGGAAUUUUCGGCAGAUUAAGAAGAAAAACUCAAAGUGGUUUAUCUACAAAAUUGUUCCAUUUUAUAGUUCCAACAUAAGUUGAUAUCCAUUUCCAGAGUGAUAAUUGAUAAAGCCUCUCUCAUUUUUUUAAAGAAUAAAUGAACAAGCCACUUGCAUACAUUUGUCCUUUUUUGAGCCAAACUCCGACAAUGCCAAUCAAAAUUCGAAUUAUUAAAAAAGCAUUAACAAAAUGAUACAUUUUUACAAAUGAAAUAUACAUUACAUAAAAAAUUCUUUUAAAAAAUGAAAGGAAAAAAUCCGAUUCGAUUUCGUCUCUGAAAAAAUUAGAUUAUAUGGGAAGGAAUAUAAUAUUUGAGAAUGGGCAGUGCUGAAACAGUAGAUUCUUGAGUUUUGAAUUUGUCUGAUUUUUGUUAAAAAAUUUUUAAAUCUUUCGAAUAUAGUUCAAAAGUUAGAGGAAAGGGGGGGGGUUAACUUUUGAAAAAAAUUUGGGAGGGGUGCUUAACUUAAAAAAUUUACGUGGGGGACCUAUUUUAUGUAUGUGCAAAAAUCUAAAAGUUUUCCAAUAAAAAAUUUCACUGUUUCAAAAAUUUAUGACUUUUUCUUGGUUCACAAUUUUUCUAAUCCACAGUUCAUAAUUUUUUUCUAAAAAAUGAAAUUUGGCGUCAAAAUUAUAGCCUGCGAUUCUGAAAUUGAAAAAAAAUCACCAAUUUUCCAACAAAAAAAAUUCACUGUUUCAAAAAUUUGAGAAAUUUCUGAGAUUUUUGCAGAGCAAAACAAAGAUGAGCUGCCCAAACCGGAGCUGAAUCUGCCACGUGUCUUGGAAUAUCCGGGCGGUCGUCCGCGCGCUGUCUCCUGCGGUGCCGAACACAUUCUGGUCCUUUCCGCAAGCGGCCAGCUCUCCGCGUGGGGCGGCAACAAAUUCGGUCAAUGCGGUGCCGGCCGCACCUUCCGCCUCCAUCAUCUCCAACAAAUCGAUGGCCCGUGGCCCGCGAUCAAAAAAAUCUCGGCCGGACAAUUUCAUUCGGGCUUUGUCUGUCACGAUGGAUCGGUUUGGAUGAUGGGAUGGGGAAUUUAUGGACAAUUGGGAAGAGGAACGCGCGAAAAUCGAAAUGUGUUGGAGCCGGUCAAAAUUGGGCUUGGCCUGAAGAUUCAGGAUAUCCAGUGUGGCAGGGCUCACACUGUUUUGCUCACGGAAAAUGGUCAGGUUCUUGUGGCUGGAAGUGGAAGUUAUGGACAACACGGGACUAAUGAGGAUGUCAAGAAGGCUUUUAGCUUUAGGCCGCUUUUGGGGCCCGGGCCGGGCCUGAAAGGUCCAGAGGAGAAGGUCACCAUGAUUGCUUCUAGCUAUUUUCAUAGUAUUUGUGUCACGGAAUCUGGGAGGAUUUUUGAAUGGGGAAGAAAUCCGCAGGAAAUUAAAAUGAGGAUUUUUGUGAUGAAAAAACUGAAAAGUGCGGCGCUGAAAAAUUCUGCGGAAAAUUCGACGAAAAUCAAUUUGAAUUUGCCGGCAACAAUCCCGCGAGAUGAUUUAGGAUUGAGAGAGGUUCAGCAUUUUUUGGAUGCGAAAAUUUCGGCGAUUUCUUGUGGAUUACAACAUUGUGGGCUGAUUACGGAAAAUGGCACGUUGUAUAUGUGGGGAAAGUCGUUGGAUUAUCAAUUGGGAGGGGGGAAUAAGACGGAGAGAUUGGAACCGCAUCAGGUGGGUGCAUUUUGAGCCAAAAUUUGGGAGAUUUGGAGCAUUUUGAGCCAAAAUUUGGGAGAUUUGGAGCAUUUUGAGCCAGAAUUUGGGAAAUUUGAUGGAUUUUGAGCUAAAAAUCAAAUUUUCAAAAAAGUUAUAAAAUUUGGAGCAUUUUCAGCCAAAACUUAUGAAAUUUGAUGAAUUUUGAGCUGGAAAUUAAUUUUUCUUCAAAAAUUUUCAACCAAAAAAAUUCACUGUUUCAAGAUAUUUUUGAAUUAGAAUUUUGAUUGAGCUCAAACAAUUCUUCUAUAUUUCCUCCACUUUUUUGCCAAACUUCAACUUUUUGAUGAAUUUUCAGCCUAGAUUCUUGAAAAAUGAUAAAUUUGGAGCAUUUUAAGCCAAAACUCGUGAAAUUUGAUGAAUUUUGAGCUGGAAAUUAAUUUUUUCUCAAAAAUUUUGAACCAAAAAAAAUUCACUGUUUCAAGAAAUUUUUGAAUUAGAAUUUUCGUGGAGCUCAAAUAAUUCUUGCUUGGACGAUUUCGAAAAUCAAGAAAUUUCAGAUUUUUUGAGCUGAAAUUGGUGGAAUUUGAUUUUUUCCCCCAAAAUUUAUAUGAAAAAUUCCACUGUUUCAAAAAAUUGAUAUUUCUAGUUUUUUAAAAACAAAUUUGAUCGAAGUGGGAUUUACAUUAGUUCUAUGUAACUUUUAAAUUAUUAUUGUUUUUCGAAGUGAGAUAUGACGUGGCAAAAUACUAUUUUCCCCCAAGAUUUGACUGAAAAUCUGGAAAAAUUUGUUCAGAAAUUCAGAAUUUUUUACUCUUGAAAAUACGUUUCAAAAAUUUCAUAGAUAUAAUUUCCAAAAAUUGAUAUUUGAUUACAUUGUUGGCUGAAAAUGGUGAAAUUGGAGCAUUUCGACCCAAAAUAUUGGAUUUUUGGGUUUUAGACAGCAUUUUGAGCUGAGCUUUAAUUUUUUGAGAAAUUUUCAGCCUAGAUUCUUGAAAAAUGAUAAAUUUGGAGCAUUUUAAGCCAAAACUCGUGAAAUUUGAUGAAUUUUGAGCUAGAAAUCGAUUUUUCGUCAGAAAUUUUGAACCAAAAAAAUUCACUGUUUUAAGAUAUUUUUGAAUGAAAAUUUGACGAUUUUGAAAUUCUAGAAAUUUCAGAUUCUUUGAGCUCAAAUUGAUGGAAUUUGAAAUUUUCCCCCAAAAUUUAUAUGAAAAAUCUCACUGUUUCAAAAAAAAUGAUAUUUCUAGUUUUUGAAAAUCAAUUUUGAUUGAACCAAGGUAUUUGUUUUUAAAAUUAUUAUUAUUGUUCAAAGUGAGUUAUGACGUGGCAAAAUACCUUUUUCCCCCAAGAUUUGACUGAAAAUCUGGAAAAAUUUGUUCAGAAAUUCAGAAUUUUUUACUCUUGAAAAAUACGUUUCAAAAAUUUCAUGAACAUAAUUUUCAAAAAUUGAUAUUUGAUUACAUUGUUGGCUGAAAAUGGUGAAAUUGGAGCAUUUCGACCCAAAAUUUUGGAUUUUUGGGUUUUAGACAGCAUUUAGAGCUGAACUUUAAUUUUUUGAUGCAUUUUCAGCCUAGAUUCUUGAAAAACGAUAAAUUUGGAGCAUUUUAAGCCAAAACUCGUGAAAUUUGAUGAAUUUUGAGCUAGAAAUUAAUUUUUUCUCAAAAUUUUUUUUCUCAAAAAAUUUCACUGUUUCAAGAUAUUUUUGAAUGAAAAUUUUGAGCGAGCUCAAGUAAUUCUUUUUUUUGGACGGAAAUUAUGAAAAUUUGGUACAUUUUGAGCUGAACUUUAAUUUUUUGAUGAAUUUUCAACCUAGAUUCUUGAAAAAUGAUAAAUUUGGAGCAUUUUAAGCCGAAAAUCUUAAAAUUUGAUGAAUUUUGAGCUGGAAAUAAAUUUUUUCUCAAAAUUUUGAACCAAAAAAAUUCACUGUUUCAAGAAAUUUUUGAAUUAGAAUUUUUAGAGAGAUCAAACAAUUGUUCUUCGGUUUUUCUGGAUGAUUUUGAAAUUCUAGAAAUUUCAGAUUUUUUGAGCUGAAAGUGGUGGAUUUUGAAAUGUUUCCCCAAAAUUUAUAUGAAAAAUUUCACUGUUUCAAAAAAUUGAUAUUUCUAUUUUUUGAAAAAUAAUUUUGAUCGAACUGAGUUUUUAUGAAUUUUUAAAUUAUUAUUGUGUUUCAAAGUUAGCUAUGACGUGGCAAAUCACCAUUUUCCCACAAGAUUUGACUGAAAAUCUGGAAAAAUUUGUUCAGAAGUUCAGAAUUUUUUACCUUUGAAAAUUACGUUUCAAAAAUUUCAUGAAUAUAAUUUCCAAAAAUUGAAAUUUGAUUCCAUAAACUUCUUUACGCUGAAAAAAAAUGUGAUUUUUCAAAAGAGCUAUGACGUGGCAAAAUUUGAAAUUUUCCUCUUUAAAAAAAUCACUGUUUCAAAAAUUUUGUUCCCCUCAAAAUCCUACACAGAAAAAUGAGCUAUGACGUGGCAAAAUCGAAAAUUUUUCUGCAGGUUUUCAAACCGGAAAACACAAAAUGGACACAAAUCACGUGCGGCAACAAUCAUUCAAUUGGAACCACCACAGAAGGAACAAUUUUCGGAUGGGGAAAAAAUGAUUUUGCCCAGUGUGGAACGGUUACCAAAAAAGACCCAGACGGCCGCUUCCGAAUUGACCAAAAAGUUUUAUUUUCAAGCAAAGGUGGGAAAAUUUCUGGAAUUUUUUACCUAGGAAAAUUCACUGUUUCAAAAAUUUCAUGAAUUUUUAUUGAAAUGAUAGUAAUAUAAUUUCACCAGCAUUUUUAUGACUGAAAAUUAGCAUUUUUGAGAUUUUUCAGUCAGAAAUUCGGAUUUUUCAUGAUUUUUUUACCUGAAAAAAUUCACUGUUUCAAAAAUUUCAUGAAUUUUUAAUGGAAAAUAAUAUAACUAAUCGAGCUGUUUUUAGUUCAUUUAACAAAAAAAUUGCUGUUUCAAAAAAUACACGAGUUUCCCAAGGAAAAUUUUGAAACUAAUAGUAUUAAAUCAAAAUUUGGAAUUUUUACCUGAAGACUAAUGUUUUUGGGGGUUUUUUGAGCUGAAAAUCAAGAAUUUUCAUCAUUUUUCAUUAUAAAAAAUUCACUGUUUCAGAAAAUCUUGAAUUUUCAUUAGAAAUCUGAUAAACGUUCUUACAAUCAACUUUAAUUUUACUAGAUUUUUGUGGCUGAAAUUCAGCAUUUUUGAGCCUUUUCAGUCAGAAAUUCGGAAUUUUCAUGAUUUUUCAUCCUAAAAAAUUAACUGUUUCGAAAAUUGCAUGAAUUUUCAAUGGAAAAUAAUUAAACUGAUAAGUCUGACUUGGUUAUUCAAAAAAAAAUGCUGUUUUCAAUUUUUAAAAUUUUUAACCUGAAAAAAUUCACUGUUUCAAAAAUUUCAUGAAUUUUUUAUUUGAAUCGGUGAAUUUGAUUCAAUUAAUCUAUCCAUUGAAAAAUAUUCCUAAAAAUUUUGUUCCUAAAAAAAGUUUUACAGAAUAAAAAUUCACUGUUUCAGAAAAUUUUGAAUUUUCAUUAGAAAUCUGAUAAACAUUCCUUUUCAGUCAGAGAUUUGGAAUUUUCAUCAUUUUUUUACCUGAAAAAAAUUCACUGUUUCAAAAAAGUCAUAAAUUUUUCGUUUGAAUCUGUGAACUUGAUUAUGUGUCGUUUACACUCAUUAAAAAAAAGUUCCGUUUCAAGUUUUUUUUUGAUAUUUUUGAUAUUUAGUGGUUGUUGAAUUUUUUCAAAAAAAUUUACGUUUCAAAAUUUUUGGAUAUUUGAAAAAUAAAUUUGAAAAAUUGAUUCUUAAUUUUUUCCCGCAAUCCGAAAAUUCCCUUGUGAGAUUUUCCUGAAAAAUAUUUUUUUCAUUGUUUCAAAUAUUCAAUAAAUCUAAAUUUAGGUUUUUGGGAAUAAUAACUUUAAGAAACUUUCUUUAAAAAAUUCGAAAAAUUUUGAAAUUUGAUUUCAGGAAGAUUUUUCAUAAAACUAGGUUAUUUUUGACCGAAAAAACGAAUUUUAGCUUGAAAAAUAGCGUUUUUUCGAUAGAAAUCCAGAAAAUUAACCUGAAUUUAAUUACAGGAUGGUCGUCGUUUCAUGCCAACUGUAGAUGACAGUCACUUCACCCAUUUUCCCACAAUAAUUCCCGACCUCAAAAUUCGAACACAAAAAUCGGCGCAAAAUUUGGACGAAUCAAUCGACGAGGAUAAAAUUAUGGAAAAAAUCAGAUGCGCAGAUAUUACUGUAAUUCAAGCGGUUUCCAGACAUUUAUCGAUUUUUGAGCCGGUUGCUGAAAAUUUGGCAGAGGAAAAGGAGAAUUUCGAAGCGGCCCCGAAAUAUUCGGGAGAAAUUGGACCACUUUGUGCCGCCACCGCUUUUAUUCAUUUGAUUUCGGGAGAUUUGGAAAAAUCGAUUAGGAUGGUUGAAUAUUUGAAAAGGGACAGGAAUACGGUAGGGGAAUUUUGGGGUUAAAGUUGGAUUUUACAUGAAAUUUACGAUUUUUUGAGUCUAAACAUGCUGUAGGUUAAAAAAUAUGGAAAUUUUGGGGUUUUUGAGCACAGAAACCAUUUUUGAAGCCUGAAAUUGGAUUUCUCGUGAAAUUUGGGAUUUUCUAAUCGAUUUUUGGACCUAAAAUUCAAUUUUUCAAUUUUUCUCUCUGAAAAUUGAACAAAUUCGGCUGAAAAUCUGGAAUUUCACCCAAAAAUAACAAAAUAAUCAUAUUUUUAUUCAUAUAAAAAUUCACUGUUUCAAAAUCUUGUCAAAUUUGGAUUCAAAAAUUUGUGAAAUUAAUUGUAUCCAGAUUAUCAUAUGAAAAUUUAAUUUCAGUUUUAAAAAUUCUAGAAUUGGCACAAUUUCUAAUUCUGAUUAUGUUUAGACUCAAAAAUCUAGGAAUUUUCAAGAAAUUUCAUCCAAAAUGGUCAUUUUUGACAGAAAAUUGAUAAAUUUCGGAUAUGUUCAAAGUUAGCUUUGAAAAAUUCUUGAUUUCUACCAUAUUUUUGACAUAUAUCAUGUUUAGACUCAAAAAUCUAGAAAAUUUCACCUAAUUUCUAUGAAUUUUCCUCCAAAAAAUCUAUUUCCAGACCCCUCAAUCACUUUCCUCAUUAUCAUCGCUGAUUUGGGAAGUUAUGGCAAAUCACGAAGAUGUUCAAACUCGAAAAGCACUUUGUGCCGCCUUCAAAAAUGUGCCAAUGUCGGAUUCGUUGAGAAAAGGAAAACAAAUUGCACAAUUAUGGCCGACUGUGAGUUUUUUGCGGGAGGGAAAAAAUCACUGUUUCAAAAUUUUUAUAUGAAAAUUCAUAUUGAAUUUCAUAAAUUUUUGGGAAAUUUUGAGCCAUGUACCUUUAAAAAUUGGUCCUGAAGUGAUUGAAAAUUUUUACGAAAAUUUACUGUUUCAAAAUUUUUAUAUGAAAUUUCUGGAGAUUUCGGAACUAUUAGAGUGUUUUCAUUAAAUAUAAAUUACAUUAAUUAUUAUGGGCCUAUGCAGAAUAAUAUUUUGUAAUAAAAAAACAUUAAAAAACAUUUUUUUCCUAUGCAGAAAAACGUCGAAAAAAUGAAAUAAAGACAACGUGAAAUUGAGAGAGCGCAGACAUAAAAUGGGUUUUUUGUCUGCACUCUCUCAAUUUCACGUUGUCUCUACUCAAAAUAAUAAACUGUAUAUUUUGUUUUUUCGACGUUUUUCUGCAUAGGAAAAAUAUGUUUUUUUAUUACAAAAUAUUAUUCUGCAUAGGCCCAUUAGAAAUCCACUGUUUUCACUUAAAAUAUUGAUUUAUGGUUGAAUUUUGUGAAUUUUUGGGAAAUUUUGAGCAAUGUACCUUUAAAAAUUGGUCCUGAGACGGUGAAAAAAAUUUAUGAAAAUUCACUGUUUCAAGAUUUUUAUAUAAAAUUUUCUGCAAAUUUUGAAUCAAUGGAAAAUCACAUUUUAUGUCGAAAUCUAUCCAAUUUUCGAAUUUUUUGGGAAAUUUUGAGCCAUGUACCUUUAAAAAUUGGUCUUGAAGCUAUGAAAAAAAUUUACAAAAAUUUACUGUUUCAAAAUUUUUAUGUGAAAAUUUUGGGAUUUUUGAAGUCUAAUGCAAAAAUUUCUAACAGAUAGCAGUUUCCAAUGAAAAAUUCACUGUUUCAAUAAAAUUUAAUUUAAAAAUUUAAUUUUUAUAUUUUGAUAACCAAAACGAAGUUUCAGACAGUUCUAUCUAUCAAAUCUGAAAUUUUUCACAACCUUUUUCUAACAAAAAAUCUACUGUUUCAAAAGUUUUAUUUGUUGAGAAUUGGUUUUUUAAAUUUGAUACUGACUACAUUAUCGAUUCAAAAUUUCAGGAUGAAAUUUUAAAGCUUCUAGAAAUUCAGAAAAAUUAUGAAAAUCUGGAUUUUGAGCUGAAAAAAAUCACUGUUUCAAAAUUUUUUAAUUAGAAUUUUGUUAAUUUUCUUUUUGCUACAUAAAAAAAAUUGAAAAUCCAAAAUUUUUCAAAAAAUCACUGUUUCAAAAUUUUGUUAAACCAGAAAGUCUGGAAUUUGUUUUUAAUCCGCUAGCCAAAAACAACCCUGUUUCAAAAUUUUCUCCCCAGAAAUCCCUAUUUUUUUCUUUUUUUUCAGGUCUGGAACGACGAUGAUUGUCAAAAUAUGUUGAGUAUUGAUGAGAAAAUUGCAAUGUUGGACGGAUUUACGACGGUCACAAAACCCACCAAUUGUGCUACUGUAGGUUGAUUUUUGGGCGGGAAUUUUUGGAAAAUUUUGAGCUAGAAAUCAAGAUUUUUGAGAAAAAAUGAGCUACAGUACCCCCAAAAUUAUCGAUUUUUCUCUCCAGAUUCCUUCAUCAUCUCUCGAAGUCUCUUCUCGAAUUCGUGUAUUUUCUGAAUGUUCUCACGCCGAGCCAGCAAUUGUUGGAAGUCCGCCAGAAUGUAGUAGUUGUAUUGAUGAAUGGACCGAAAAAGUUCGAGCCACACUUGGAGCACAAAUCUAG